UAUGGUCGCGAUGCACCCAGAAAUUGAAAAGGUCGAAGUCGAUGCAUUAUGCGAACUAUUCCAUGCCCUUGACGGCCCUCAGUGGACAAGAAAGCAUGGCUGGCUGCAGUGCGACAACACCCAAAAUGAACAGGGUGGGUUGGCUUGGCACGGAACGAAGUGGAACAAGGGCCACGUCAUUUCAAUCGACUUACCAAGAAACAAUUUGCGAGGUCCUUUACCAGACAUAUUUUCCCAGCUGAAAAAGUUGCAACACCUCAAUCUUGGCGGCAAUCCUUCAUUGACCGGUCGAGUGCCACAUUCGCUGAUGAAGUUAAAGCACUUGCAGUACUGCUAUCUUGAUGGGACACAAGUGUUUGACAUUGUAUCGUCGGGCAACGCGCAUGAUUUCCACAUCACAAAGUACAUUUCAAGUUCCAAGGCUUCUGUCCGCCUUCGCAUUGGGAAAUCAACGUGGGUCGCUGACGUGACUGAACAAGAGAUGUUCCUGGUUUCGACGAGCUUGCAGGCAGCUCGGGCGCCCCCAAGGCCGACAGUGAUCAAAAUGACUGCGCACAAUGCAACUGGACCAGAAAGAGUUCGAGCUGCAAGGACAUUGCAACGAAUUUUCCGACGGUCGAGGGCACGACGCAAACUGCUCCACCUUGGAAAGGGGGGUGACAAUGUCUCCGCAUCUGACGAGGUGUGCUCGGUAGCAUUGACUUUCAUUCGCGUCAAUCAGUCCUUCCCGUGUGUGGUUAGAACCUCCACAACGAUGCAGCUACAUUGGGACCUACAACUUCUUCACUGGUCCAAAAACAACUAUUACGCCGGUACGGAAACGAACGCACGAUGAGCAAUCGCUACCGUUGUUUGAUCAACGAGUACGACCAAGAUCGCUCAGGAUUUGUGCAUUCACACGACGUACUAUUGCUCUGUGGGGAUUUGGGUAUACCAAUGGCACCUCAACAGUUUGAAAGCGCAAUGCACGCGAUGCACAUCUCAACUCAAGGAAAGGUGGCAGUAGAUGUUCUCCAAAGUUGGCUUGAAAAUGCUUUGGAUCGUUAAUCGCAAAUUCCCAUGAAGGUCGG